AAAGACUUUUUUUGUAAAUUCCUUCUCACUAUUGUAUUAGAUCAGAUGUUUGAAUUUUCAAAUUUAACAGUAAUGCAUCUACCAUCAAUGUUUGAAAAAUCUCAUGUUCAUAUUAAAAACUAUAAUCUAUGAGAGUUGCGUAUUGUGUGAUUUUAUUUCAGUCGCGAUUAUUUAUAAGGUAUGCACGUACAAAUUGUUGACACUUUCAAAUGUUGCUUUCCAAAGUUCGAUUCUUUCUUUGGAAUGUCAUUGAGAUCCACCUCGGGGAUCAUUAAUUUCGUCGACAUCUGUUGGCAAAUGGUGCUGAUUUUGAAUUCUGGUAUAGUCGGCGAUCGUACGUUUAAACGAAAUGAUGGGAAAUACUACCUGGAGGGAAAUAUCUAUCCACUUUCUGUUUCAGAGUAUGUUCAAAUGAACUUAGUAAUUGGCAUAUUUAAUAUUAUUUUAGCAAUUGUGUCAUCAGUUGGAAUUGCAAGAGAGAAAAAAAUCCUUAUUAGACCAUGGAUUGUUAUGAAUUUUAGCACUUUGUACAUAAUAAUUUUGAAAGUAUUGAUUCUAAUAAUCAUGUCAAUUUCUGGGAUGCUGACUUAUACAACAAUAAUAAUAAGAAGUGUUGCACAUUUUGUGCACUUUGGAGUUGAGUUUUCACUUCUUAGUGUCCUGAUCAACUAUGACAUUUUCAUAUCUUCCAAGGCUGUAACUAACUGAUAUUUUACAUCAUAAUAAACAAUUUUAUAAA